AGCAACGUGUUUAGGUCAUUGACGGCUCAUUUUCUUUCGUUGAAUAUUGCUUGAGUCUACUUAGUGAUCACUGAACAACAGCAAACAGCUGCUCAAACAGGUAACGUUAUAGAGUUGUGUUAUUACAACGAGAGAGAGAGAGAGAGAGAGACCUCGAGUCCUCGACCCGGGACUACACACUACACACCCACCACCCCCUCCCUUCCUGGACACCCCCGGUUCCAUUCUCCACCAAACCCCACGUCAUUUUCCCUCCUCCCUCGCUGGCUUGCGAGCAAGAUUCAAGAGGGAGUCAACGCGACUUGGCUGGAAAUUUAAAAUUGCAUUUUUGUAAAGGAAAAAUGUCGGGCAGCGAGGAGGAGAGGGAGGACUUCGGACCGGCGGACGCCCGCUCCUCACUUCUUCGCGAUGAGGACGAGCCGGAGGAUGCCGGGUUGUCCGACGUGGAGGUCCCCAAGUCGAAGAAGAAGAAGAAAGCCAAGAAGAGCAGCCGCGAGAGCAGGAGCAGCAAGAGACAGAGACCCGUCAGAGAGGAGUUGCCUGUCAGCUCCCCGGAGCACCUGGUCAGUUUAGAAACGGCAGAGAGGGACGUCGAGGGAGGAGUGCGAUCAGAAAGCGAAGGAAGUGAUUAUGCCCCUGGGAAGAAAAAGAAGAAGCGCUCCAGCUCUGCCAAAGACAAGAAGAAAGGAGGUACAGCAGAGAAAGGGGGUGGUUCGUCCAGCUCUAAGAGCAAACGGAAAGAUCCGGAACUAGAGGACGAUGACGAUGACGAUAACAAUAGCCAGCCUAAAAGCUCCACCCAGCUGCUGGAGGACUGGGGUCUUAGGGACAUUGACCAUGUCUUCACUCAGGAAGACUACAGUUCCCUUACAAACUACAAGGCUUUCAGCCAGUUUGUCAGGCCACUCAUUGCAGUGAAGAACCCCAAAAUUUCUGUGUCUAAACUGAUGACCCUGAUGAUGGCCAAGUGGAGAGAAUUUAGCACCAACAACCCUCUCAAGGGUUGUGCCACUGCCAAUGCGGCCCUGGCAGCUGCCAAUGUGGCUGCGGCUGUAGAGAACAUGUUGGUGGCAGGAGCAGAUGCGGGAGCAGAGACCGGAGCUGCCCCUACCUCACCUGCACCUGCUCCAGCUCCAACUCCCAUUGCCGCACCUCCACCCCCUGCAACACCUGCACCUCCGCUCCGCAAGGCCAAGACCAAAGAGGGCAAAGGCCCAAAUGCUCGUAAGAGGUCUAAGCCCACCCCUAAGCCUCUGCCAAAGCCGAAAGCUAAGAAGGUGGCUCCACUCAAGAUCAAACUAGGAGGCAUCAACAGCAAGAGGAAGCGCUCCUCUAGUGAUGAGGACGAGCCCGACGUGGACAGUGACUUUGACGACGGGAGCUUCUCCGUUUCAGACGGCUCCAACCGCAGCAGCCGCUCAAAGAAGAAACCGAAGAGUGCUAAGAAGAAAAAGAAAGUGGAGACGGAGGAUGGUGACGGUUAUGAGACAGACCACCAGGACUACUGUGAGGUGUGUCAGCAGGGGGGAGAGAUCAUUCUGUGUGACACCUGUCCCAGGGCCUACCACAUGGUCUGUCUGGACCCAGACAUGGAGAAGGCACCAGAGGGCAAGUGGAGCUGCCCGCACUGUGAGAAGGAGGGAAUCCAGUGGGAGGCCCGGGAGGACCUGUCCGAGGGCGAGGGUGAGGAUGAGGAGGAGAGGAGAGACGAAGGGGUGGAGGAAGAAGAUGACCAUCACAUCGAGUACUGCAGGGUGUGUAAAGAUGGAGGGGAGUUGCUGUGCUGUGACACCUGCCCCUCCUCCUACCACAUCCACUGCCUCAACCCCCCCCUUCCCGAAAUCCCCAACGGAGAAUGGAUCUGCCCCCGCUGCACGUGCCCACCUAUGAAGGGCAAAGUCCAGAAGGUUUUAACGUGGCGUUGGGGGGAACCUCCAGCUCCUACACCUGUCCCCAGGCCCGUUGACCUGCCACCUGAUGCCCCUGACCCCCCGCCACUAGCGGGUCGCAGGGAAAGGGAGUUCUUUGUCAAAUGGUGCAACAUGUCGUAUUGGCACUGCUCUUGGGUGCAGGAAUUACAGCUGGAGCUGAACUGCCAGGUGAUGUUCCGAAACUACCAGAGAAAGACGGACAUGGACGAACCCCCGCCGGUCGACUUCGGCGGCGAGGGUGACGAUGACAAGAGCACCAAGCGGAAGAAUAAAGACCCGCUGUAUGUACACAUGGAGGAAGAAUUCUACCGCUUUGGAGUGAAAAUGGAGUGGCUCAUGAUCCAUCGCGUCCUCAACCACAGCGUUGACAAAAAGAACAACGUUCACUACUUGAUCAAGUGGAGGGACCUUGCCUAUGACCAGUCGUCCUGGGAGAGUGAAGACAUGGAUAUCCCAGAGUUUGACACCUACAAGCAGACGUACUGGAAUCACAGAGAGCUGAUGGUGGGUGAAGAGGGAAGACCUGGUAAGAAGCUGAAAAAGGCAGUCAAAGUCAAGAAGACCGAGAGACCCCCUGCCAACCCAGUUGUCGAUCCCACCAUCAAGUUUGACAGGCAGCCUGAGUACCUGGACAGCACAGGGGGCACACUGCAUCCCUACCAGUUGGAGGGUUUGAACUGGCUGAGGUUCUCUUGGGCCCAGGCUACUGACACCAUCCUGGCUGAUGAAAUGGGUUUAGGCAAGACGGUGCAAACUGCUGUCUUCCUUUACUCGCUCUACAAGGAGGGUCAUUCCAAGGGUCCGUUCCUGGUCAGCGCUCCCUUGUCGACCAUAAUCAACUGGGAGCGAGAGUUUGAGAUGUGGGCCCCUGACAUGUACGUGGUGACUUAUGUCGGGGACAAAGACAGCAGGGCUGUUAUCAGGGAGAAUGAGUUCUCCUUUGAGGGCAACGCCAUCCGGGGGGGAAAGAAGGCAUCCAAGAUGAAGAAAGACUCACCAGUCAAGUUCCAUGUUCUGUUGACAUCCUAUGAGCUGAUUACCAUUGACCAGGCUGUGUUGGGCUCCAUUGACUGGGCCUGCUUGGUUGUGGAUGAGGCACACAGGCUCAAAAAUAACCAGUCCAAAUUUUUCCGGGUGUUGAACAACUACCCCCUACAACACAAGCUGCUACUGACCGGCACUCCUCUCCAGAACAACCUGGAGGAGCUCUUUCAUCUGCUCAACUUCCUGACUCCGGAAAGGUUCAAUAACCUGGAGGGUUUCUUGGAGGAGUUUGCAGAUAUCGCCAAAGAGGACCAGAUCAAGAAGCUCCAUGACAUGCUGGGACCCCACAUGCUGAGGAGGCUGAAGGCCGAUGUCUUCAAACACAUGCCCUCCAAGACUGAGCUAAUUGUCCGUGUGGAGCUCAGCCCAAUGCAGAAGAAGUACUACAAGUUCAUCUUGACGCGUAACUUCGAGGCCCUGAACACUCGUGGCGGAGGAAACCAAGUCUCUCUCCUCAAUGUGGUGAUGGACCUCAAGAAGUGCUGCAACCACCCCUACCUCUUUCCUGCUGCUGCAACGGAGGCACCAAAAAUCCCAAAUGGCAUGUACGAGGGCAGUGCCCUGACCAAGGCCUCAGGAAAGCUUUUGCUGCUUCAGAAGAUGAUGCGGAAACUGAAGGAGGGAGGCCACAGGGUGCUGGUCUUUUCUCAGAUGACCAAAAUGCUGGACCUGCUGGAAGACUUCCUGGAGUACGAGGGAUACAAGUACGAGAGGAUUGAUGGGGGAGUUACUGGAGGCAUGAGACAGGAGGCCAUUGACCGUUUCAAUGCUCCUGGUGCCCCGCAAUUUGCUUUCCUCCUCUCCACUAGAGCCGGUGGAUUGGGCAUCAAUCUUGCAACGGCUGACACUGUCAUCAUCUAUGACUCUGACUGGAACCCCCACAAUGACAUCCAGGCAUUCAGCAGAGCUCACCGUAUCGGCCAGAACAAGAAGGUGAUGAUCUAUCGCUUUGUCACCAAGGCAUCUGUGGAGGAGAGGAUUACCCAGGUGGCAAAGAAGAAGAUGAUGCUGACCCACCUGGUGGUGCGGCCUGGCCUAGGCUCCAAGACGGGCUCUAUGUCCAAACAGGAGCUAGACGAUAUCCUCAAGUUUGGUACUGAGGAACUGUUCAAAGAUGAAAUCGGGGAAGGGGACAACAAGGAGGAUGACAGCAGUGUGAUCCACUAUGAUGACCAGGCCAUUUCGCGUCUGCUGGACAGGAACCAGGAUGCCACAGAAGACACAGAGCUCCAGAGCAUGAACGAAUACCUCAGCUCCUUCAAAGUAGCACAGUACGUGGUCAAAGAUGAGGAUGAUGAGGAGGAGGAGGUUCAGCGGGAGGUGAUCAAACAGGAGGAGAGUGUGGAUCCGGACUACUGGGAGAAGCUGCUCCGGCACCAUUAUGAGCAGCAGCAGGAAGACUUGGCCCGCAACCUGGGCAAGGGCAAGAGAACCCGAAAGCCAGUCAACUAUAACGAUGGCUCCCAGGAGGACCGAGGUAUAAGACGGGAUUGGCAGGAGGACCAGUCUGACAACCAAUCAGAUUAUUCUGUGGCCUCCGAGGAAGGUGACGAGGACUUUGACGAACGGGCUGAAGCUAACUUACGCAGGCCCAACCGCAAGGGGCUGAGGAAUGAAAGGGACAAACCCCUGCCUCCGCUACUGGCCAGGGUUGGUGGGAACAUCGAGGUGUUGGGCUUUAACGCACGGCAGAGGAAGGCCUUCCUGAACGCGGUGAUGCGUUACGGGAUGCCCCCACAGGACGCCUUCACCACCCAGUGGCUGGUGAGAGACCUGCGAGGGAAGUCUGAGAAAGAAUUUAAGGCUUAUGUUUCUUUGUUCAUGCGCCACCUCUGUGAGCCGGGUGCUGACGGAGCUGAGACCUUUGCUGACGGUGUCCCACGGGAGGGGUUGUCAAGGCAACACGUUCUCACCCGUAUUGGGGUGAUGUCACUGAUCAGAAAGAAGGUGCAGGAAUUUGAGCAUGUGAACGGCCAGUGGUCCAUGCCCUGGAUGGCUGAGCUGGAAGAGAACAAAAGAGCAGCAGCUCUGGCUGCCGGAGAGGAUCCCAAGACACCCUCCUCUGGGACCCCUGCUGACACCCAGCCCAACACCCCUGCCCCAGAAGAUCUGUCUAAAUCUGAGGACAAGGAAUCCGAGGUCAAGAAGGAAGGAGAAGAGGGAAAAGGAGUCAACAAGAUGUACGAUCCUGAGAUAAUCGAAAUCCCUGACGAGUCUGAGAAAUCCCCAGUCCCUGACAAGAAAGAAGGAACGGGAGAUACCGCUAUAGGGAAGGAGGAGAUGGCAAAGGAGGCAGGCGUUGGACAGGCCGAUAAGGAGAAGGACUCUGAUGACAUCGGCAAGGAGAGAGACGACAAGGAGCGGUGUUCAGAGAUGGCAGACAAGGACACUCCAGCUGAGGUCAAGGCUGAAGGUUCGGAGGGCAAGGCAAAUUCGGAGGACGCCAAGCCUAAAGGUGAGGAGAGCAAAGAUGAGAAAAUGGACACCAGUCCCCCUAUGGAGGAGAAGAAAGAGCAAAAGGAAGAAAAAGAAGGGGUGAAAACGGAGGAGUCUGGCAAGCUGCAGAACGGAGAGAACACUAAAGAAGGAGGGGCGGCCACGGGACUGGUCAAUAUCAGCGAGGAGAAGAAAAAGGCCACCAAGCAGAGGUUCAUGUUCAAUAUCGCUGAUGGAGGAUUCACAGAACUUCACUCUCUGUGGCAGAACGAAGAGAGGGCAGCCACUGUCACGAAGAAAACCUUCGAGAUCUGGCACCGUCGGCAUGACUACUGGCUGUUAGCCGGCAUUAUACAACAUGGCUAUGCUCGCUGGCAGGACGUGCAGAAUGAUGUGAAGUAUGCCAUCCUGAAUGAGCCCUUCAAAGGGGAAAUGAGCAGAGGCAAUUUCCUGGAGAUAAAAAACAAGUUCCUGGCUCGCAGGUUCAAGUUAUUGGAGCAAGCACUGGUGAUUGAAGAGCAGUUGCGCAGGGCGGCCUAUUUAAACAUGUCCGAGGACCCGGCCCAUCCCUCCAUGGCCCUCAACACACGCUUCAGUGAGGUGGAGUGUUUGGCCGAGUCCCACCAGCACCUCAGCAAAGAGUCUAUGUCAGGAAACAAGCCCGCCAACGCAGUACUGCACAAAGUGCUCAAACAGCUCGAGGAACUCCUCAGCGACAUGAAGGCAGACGUGACGCGUCUCCCAGCAACCAUCGCCCGGAUACCUCCCGUUGCCGUACGGCUGCAGAUGUCUGAGAGGAACAUCCUGAGCCGUUUGGCUAGUCGGGGCCCCGAGGUCCCUGGGCAGAACCAAUCACAGAGCUCACAGCAGAUGCAGGUUCCACGCUGACCGACACCCUUGCACACCCCACAGGUGUCCCACUGACACUGUUGGCUAGCAGCCCCUCACUUCACCGCCAUGUAGCAGCCGUCCUACCCCCCCUCCCCCCAAUCCCCAUCACUGCAGCGCCCCCAUGUACAGCACAGUGAGGUCAGUCUACCUCCCUUCACCCCUCUCAGCCCCCAAUCCCUUGAUUCAGACUGUGCUGCCGGGCUUUCGUUUGAAGAGACUGGAAUUAAUAGGGGAGAAUAGAAGGCACUUCUAUUCACUCUUAUUUCUAUAAAAGACCAGAAACGGGUCUAUCUCCUCUAAUUCAUCCAACCUGAGCACUGUUCUAGUGACAUCACCGCGGGCAACUCCGCUGGCCUGCCGGCGCUGUCCUCACAGCAGGGUCAAACAUGUGUGUAUGUAAGUAUAUGUAUCAUAAAGAUGAAACAAGUAGACAAGGAGAGAUAGCAACAUUCGUGUGCUAGGAGUAUUAUAUCAGUGCUGUGGAGUAAUUUUUUGUAUUAAUGAAUUCAAGGGAUUUUUGUUGUUCAUUCUCACAUUGUAGGAUGUUGUAUGGAAUUCAUAACUUUCAGUCACUCAGUGGAAAUGUCUCCACCUGCACCAUGCGAGUGUGUGUGUGUGUGAACGUGUGUGUGUGCGCGUGUGCGUGUGUGAGAAAAACAGAGCAUAUUCAUGUGCAUCUCUACUGCAGACUGCCCCUGACACUGAGCUCUGUUUCAUCAGAGACUGUUAUUACUAUCAUGAAGUGAAACAAUGCUAUUAUAUUGAUCCUUGUGAUGUGAUUACCUCCACCCUCCACCUUUCAAUCCCCACCUGUCAAUUCAGGUGACUUGGCUUACGAUUGGUUGUUCCUGCUCUCUGGCCAUGCCCCGAACCAGCACCCUGACAUUCCUAUUAUUAUUUUUUUGAACAGUUGUACAGUACCGCAAAUUUGCUCCUCGGGGACUCCUUUUUUUUUCUAAUCUAAUUAAGGACAUGCAAUAGCUCAACAAUGCUAAGGUACAUGUGACAACAUUGAGUAUGAUGGCAAUCUUAAUUUAAUUUCUUACCGUUUGUUAAGUUGUUUUACAUUUUACGUUAUCAUUAUUAUCACCUUGUUUUUAUUGUUAAUGUUUGUUUUUAAUGACUACAAUUAAACAGUAA